AUCCGUGUGAAUGUCUCCAGAUGAAUUCAUGGCCCUAUGAUUGCAUCCUGAUCCAACUGUUCAUAGUACUAGCGAUAUCGCCAUUAGCGAUGAUUAUGUCAGUCGCUAAAAUUAACGAAAAGAUAAACGCGUGUUUUUCCCUCAAACUCGUCAACGCUAAAGGCAUUGUCGCUGAAGAUUCUCCCUUUUGCUCCCCACGUGGUCGCAGAAAUGCUCUUCCCCGGUGUACAAGCUGCUCCACCGGCGACAAUCCGAUUCUUAGACGAACUUCUCCACCGACGAAGGACAUUCCUCCAUUACAACCACCGUAACACCACCACUGUGUCGUCUGUCUCCGACGAACUUCUCCACCAGCGAAGAGAUUCCUCCAUUUUCCAACUAUUGUACAACCAUCGCAGCACCGCCACUGUGCUAUCUGUCUUCGACGACGAUCACCACCUCAGCUCCACCACUAUCAGUUCUACAACCACAGGUGGUAUGAUGUCGUUGUUGGUGAAAUUGAAGACAGAAGAUUCAGUAAAACGUGGAGUUAUAGAUGGUGUAGAUAUCAAGUCUAGACGCCAUUUAAAUGUCAGAGGAAAAAGUGCAACUCUACCAUCUAUCAUUGAAAAGGAUUGGGAUGAUAUCAAAUUUGGUGUGAGCAAUCAAGUUGAUUUCUAUGCAGUUUCCUUUGUUAAAGAUGCAGAGGUUAUCCAUGAGUUGAAGAAUUAUCUAAAAACCAACGAAACCAACAACCCUACAUAUCAUGCCAUAUCUUAAACUCGAGGAGUGGAAAGACAUCAUGUUCGGCACCGUUCUGGCAUGCUCAGAAAACACCACCCCGCCAUGGUGGCACGAGGGAGGGAGGGAGAGAGAGAGAGAGAAAGAGGGUCUACUUUUCUAUUUUUCUUUUAUUGUUUUUUUCCUAUAUCAAACUAUUAUAAAUACUAACCUAUACUACCAAAUUACACCACAACAAAUCUUUCUUUUAUAAUUAAAAAAAAUGUGUCCAUCGUCUUCUUCUUCAUCGAGUACGACGAGUAUGAAGUUAUUAUGUUUUUAAUAGGGGUGACAAUUGGUUCAGCUUUUCGGUUUCUUGGAAUCGGUUUCUUCGGUUUAAAAUUUUUGUUGGUCCAAUUUGAAACCAAACCAAAUCGAAUUCAAAUUCUCUAGACCAAACUGAAAACUGAAUUCUAAUUCAGUUUGAAAACCGAGGAAACCAAAUAUAAACUUAAAAAAAUCUCAAACAUAAAUUAAAGGGUAAAUUACACCAGUCGUCCCUCGUGGAGGUGCCAAAAAGCGUGUUUAGUCCCUAUUUUAAAUAAUUAACUCGGACCGUCCCUCGUUUGUUUAAAACUUGCACGUUUAGUCCCUAUUACCAUAAAAUGACUAUUUUACCCUUAAUAAUUUCUUUUUUUAUUUUGUUUUAUUUAUUUAUUAGUUUUAAAUAGAAAAAAAAAUAAGAAAACAAAUAUCCCCGCCCCUCUCCUUUUCAUUUCCUGCAACAAGAUUCUUCGGACCCACCACCACCUAUCACCACCAGCUCUUCCGGCACCACCACCUAUCAUCGCUAGCUAUUCCCCUGUUUAGCGCCUUAUCCAUAACCCUAAUCUCACAAAAACGACCAUCGAUUUCACAGAAAACCACCAUUAUCACUAAUCACAGCCACCAAUCUCCACAAAAACUACCAGCGGGACCAUCACCUACCUUACUUUAUCUGCUGAUCUUUACAUGAUCAAACUUGUAACUCAAAAGAAAAAAGAAUGGUGAAUAAGAAUCUCUGAUUGAGAGAUACAUGGGCGAAAGGUGGGUGAUAGAAAAACAUACAUCUGCGAUUGAUCCACCCGUCACCUUCACGCUAGAUUCAAUUGCAACUGUGGAGCUUGAUGAUCUCCAUAUCUCUGCCAAUUUGCAAUGAUGCAGGAAAGAUCGAAACCCUAGCCGCCGUCGGUGGCAGUUGUGGAGCUCGACGCAUAUGUCGAAACCCUAGCCGCCAUUGAUUGGAUAUGUCAAAACCCUAGUCGUGGAGAGUUGUGUUGAUUUGGAGACGAAGACUGCGACACUGUUAUCAGGUGGUGAUCAUCAAUCGAAGAAUCGAAAACGAUGGGGGAUGAGUACUAGAUCAUCAGUGAUUGGAAAUAAACAAAGGAACUUCGUCUAUCGUCACCA